AUUAUUCCAACCACAAAAACCAUAACAGCCAUAACAGAAAAUGCAUGAAAAAAGACCAAUAAAAAAAAAAAACGAAAAAACAUGAUACCCAUGACAGUGAAACAGGAGAGAGGAAGAGGAGGUUGCAUCGCAUUGCAUUGCCAUAACUGAAAUGCAUUGCCUCCAACUGCCGAAACAUCGACGAGAGAGAACAGGGGCAAUCGGAAAGCCUCAGCAAUGCAUCCUGUAGAACCCACCAAUAGAUUUGAUUGAAGCCCAUAAAUACGUACGAGGAAGAAAGAAAAAGAAAAAAAAAAAAAAAAAGGAGAAACCAGGGAGGAGCAGAGAUUGAGGUAGACAAACAUGGGGAUAAUGGGUUUUAAGGAUGUCUCGAAAUUGAGGGGCUCGAUGUGCGGGAUGCGAGAAAUCGAGGACGAAACUGAAAGGCUGUCAAGAGAUGAGAGAAGCUCGCACAGCGUUUCCAGUGGUAUUCUUCCGGCUCUGGGAGCCAACAGCAGUCGUAGGAUUAAGCUUCGUCCUUCAAUAAUCUCCCCCCGUGAUCCACGUUACAGAGCGUGGGAAACGUUCCUGAUAGUGCUCGUCUUCUACACAGCAUGGGUGUCUCCUUUUGAAUUCGGUUUCAAUAUGGGACGGAAUAGAAUUCUCUCCAUCCUGGACAAUGUUGUCAACGGCUUUUUCGCCAUUGACAUCAUCUUAACAUUUUUUGUUGCCUACCUCGACAAAGCAACUUAUCUUCUCGUCGACAACCCAAAGCUGAUUGCUGUCAGGUAUGCAAGAACAUGGUUGAUCUUUGACGUGAUAUCCACAAUACCCUCAGAGCUUGCACGGAAGAUAUUGCCGUCUAACGUUGAAUCAUACGGCUACCUUAGCAUGCUUCGUCUCUGGCGUCUCAGGAGAGUCAGUGCAAUGUUUCAGAGAUUGGAGAAAGACAAGAACUACAGUUACUUCAUGGUCCGAGUGGCAAAAGUUACAUGCGUGGUGCUUUUUGAGAUUCAUUGUGCUGGUUGCCUCUUUUAUCUUCUCGCUGAUAGAUAUCCGGAUCCGAAGAACACCUGGAUUGGUUCUUCAAUAGAAAAUUUUCAUGAUCUGUCUUUGUGGGACCGGUACGUUAUAUCUAUUUACUGGUCUAUUGUCACUGCCACGACCACCGGCUAUGGCGAUCUUCAUCCUGUAAACACAGGGGAAAUGAUAUUCGACAUUUUCUACAUGCUGUUCAACCUCGGGCUGACUUCAUACAUCAUAGGAAACAUGACCAACUUGAUUGUUCAAACAACCUUCAAAACUAGGAAAUUUAGAGAAACCAUUAAUGCGGCCUCAAGCUUUGCAAAGAGGAACCAGCUGCCGCCUCGUCUGCAAGAGCAGAUGCUAGCUCACCUGAGCCUAAGGUACAGAACUGACUCGGAAGGGCUGCAGCAGCAAGAAACUCUCGAUGCGCUUCCAAAAGCUAUUCGUUCGAGUAUAUCGCAUUUUCUGUUCUACUCCCUUGUUGAUAAGGUGUAUUUGUUCCAAGGCGUGUCCAAUGACCUUCUCUUUCAGCUGGUCUCUGAGAUGAAGGCCGAGUAUUUUCCACCGAGGGAAGAUGUGAUCUUACAAAAUGAGGCACCUACAGAUUUUUACAUUUUGGUUAAUGGGGCAGUGGAGAUUAUUUCCUAUACAAAUGGAACGGCACAGGUUGUUGGUGAUUGCAAGACGGGCGACGUUUGUGGUGAAAUUGGCGUUCUGUGCUACAGGCCACAACUUUUCACUGUACGUACAAAACGAUUGAGUCAGCUACUCCGGUUGAAUCGUACUGCAUUUUUGAACAUCCUCCAAACUAAUGUUGGAGAUGGGGCCAUAAUCAUGAACAACCUUCUUCAGCAUCUGAAAGCACAGAACGACCCCGUGAUGCAAGAAAUUUUGACGGACACAGAGCACAUGCUGGCUCAUGGAAGGAUGGAUGUGCCUCUCAGCUUAUGCUUUGCAGUUUCCAGAGAGGAUGAUCUAUUGCUGAACCAUUUAUUGAGACGAGGUUUGGAACCAAAUGAAUUGGAUAGCAAUGGACGCAGUGCUUUGCAUCUUGCAGCAGCGAAAGGAAAUUUAGAGUGUGUGCUUCUACUUCUAGAUUAUGGAGCGGAUCCCAACAGAAGAGAUUCUGAAGGAAAUGUUCCUCUAUGGGAUGCCUUAUUGGGGAAGCAUGAGCCAGUGAUCAAAGCACUCGUUGAUAACGGGGCGACGUUAUCUUCUGGCGAUGUGGGCCAGUUUGCAUGCUUUGCAGCCGAGCAGAAUGACCUCGAUCUACUCAAACAAAUCACCAAGUUUGGCGGGGAUGUCACCCUGCUCAACGGCUUGGGAACAACGGCCCUACAUACAGCUAUAUCCGAAGAAAACAUUGAAAUUAUUAAGUUUUUGAUCGAACAAGGAGCCGACAUAGACAAGCCGGACGUGCAUGGAUGGACGCCACGUGCCUUAGCUGAUUAUCAAGGCCAUGAAGCAAUCAAUGCUUUGUUUCAAACCAAGCAAGAGUCUCACAAUUCCGGUAAGGCGCACCAAAGAAGCACAAGCAUAAGUACUUCUGAGGUGCAAGCAGCGCUGCCUUAUUACCUUAAGAAGUAUCCAAGCGAACCAACAAUACCUCAUUUCAAACCAGAUGACAAAACACAAAAUGCUAGAGACAUGGGCGUUCCCGACCAUAAAACAGGAUGGGCGGCAAGCAAUUCUCAGAAUUCACUUGCAGCCAUCCUUACAACUGGCCGUAAACAGAACCAAGGAGAAAGGAUGUUUGCCUCACCUCGGCCGGAUCCUUGUAUGCAACGUGCCCCUGCUAGAGUAUUUGUAUGUUGUGCGGAAAGGGCCGAUGUAGAAGGAUUUCUGGUGCCUCUGCCGGAGUCUCUUCAAGAGCUGCUGGAUUUGGGGGAUAAGAAGUUUGGUUUUCAUGCUACCAAAGUUGUAUCGGAAGACGGAGGAGCGUUGAUUGAAGACUUGGCUUUGAUAAGAGAUGGUGAUCGUAUUUUCCUGGCUAGUUAAGCUGGUUUUGAAAGCAUAGUUGUCAUGGAAAUUUUGGGUGAUUUGUAUUUAUAUUAUCUCAAAAUAUAUAAAGAUUAAUAGAAUAAAUUAAAACAAUAUAUUAA